AUGGGAAACGAAACAGAUAAAUAUCGCUCUUCAACGUCACAAAAACAACAUAAUUUAUCGGUUGAGGAAGUAUAUAACAAAGAGGAGCUAUUUACGAAAUUGGUAGUUAAGGAUCACAAUGCAGACAUGUAUAGGGCUUUUCAUUCACGUGAAGAGUUUUGGAAGUUCUACGAUAAUGUAACCGAACCUCUAAGAUCCUUUUCCGAAGUAGUGUACGGAGACCUACCCCAAUUCCCUAGGAUACAUGUAGAGUUUGGUUCUCUUAAUAAGCUUCCUGGAACGAAAAUAGUUAACUUGCUAAGGCAAAUUCUUGAUGGGAUGCUAGUCGUGUUUCGCAUUAGGUAUAGUGGAAUAACGAAUGUACCUAAGUCUCCGAAAGAUUUUGUCAUCAUGGAUGAAUACGGUCAGAAUAGGCAUGGUUACUGGACAAACGAUUUUCACAUACAAGCCACAUCGUUUACUUUUACAGACUAUAAAGAGGCUAAGGAGUUCACUUACCAUGUUCGUUCAAGUUUGCCUGUAGAGGUUGGACGAUUUAUUAGUCUACAAUACAAUGACCCUAUUCAGCUAGUCCCCAUAUUUGGUUCUACGUGUCCUAAGGAAUCCUUACACAAGAACAUUUCUCGUUUUAGUCCAUUCUUAGGAACAAACGUUGAUAUUCACAAGAACGAAUUAUUCGUUAAAAAGUUUCCGGACUUGGAUUGCAUUGUUCCUUCUACCCCAAUAGCCGACAGGAACACAAAAAAUAUUUGCGACCAAUCUACAAACAGUGUACGAAGUAUUUCACCUAAUACACAUGAAAACACAAACAUUAAAGAUCCUCACAAUGCAGUUAGUUACCAUGAAAAUGGCUUUGAUCAACGAACUUCUUCAUCUGUGGAGCAAGUAUCACAAAACGAGACUCCUCGUGACGAUGAGCAGCCAGAGAAUACAUAUUCCAGCGAGACUCCAAGGGAAGGAUCCAUUACAACGUUGUCAACGAAAAAGAAUCCGCCUUCGACUAAUAAACAAUACGCCACUGCGAUAAACUGUUUGGUUAUGUUUUUCUUUAUUGUGAAUAAGAUCAAACCAGAUGCCACACGACAAAUGCAGGGUAGAACACGUGUCACUAAAGAAAAGAAGGAAAAGAGGCAUAUUUUACAGGGGCAACCGAAUCAACUCCAACAUAAUAGAAGUGUAAAAAAUGGAAAGGGUCUUGGUCGCUCCACUUCCCAUAAAACCAAAUGUUUUAUAAUUCGAGAGGAAGUCCUAGAAACUACGUUUCUAGUUUGGAAGGUCUCUUGGACUAAUUUUCUUCAUUCCUCAAAAAAUCAUGGAGAUUCCUAA